AUGCCUGGGCAAGCAGUGUGGCUGAGCGAGUGGGUGCGCGAGGGCAUGAGAACAGCAAGCAGGAGGGAAGGAGAGCUGGAUGGAUCAGGGAUGAGAUUGCCUCUCACGCAUUGCCUCUCACACAUUGCCUCUCACACAUUGCCUCUCACGCAUUGCCUCUCACGCAUUGCCUCUCACACAUUGCCUCUCACACAUUGCCUCUCACGCAUUGCCUCUCACGCAUUGCCUCUCACACAUUGCCUCUCACACAUUGCCUCUCACGCAUUGCCUCUCACGCAUUGCCUCUCACACAUUGCCUCUCACACAUUGCCUCUCAUCUCACGCAUUGCCUCUCACGCAUUGCCUCUCACACAUUGCCUCUCACGCAUUGCCUCUCACACAUUGCCUCUCACACAUUGCCUCUCACGCAUUGCCUCUCACGCAUUGCCUCUCACGCAUUGCCUCUCACGCAUUGCCUCUCACGCAUUGCCUCUCACACGCAUCAAGUUCAACUCCCCUCUCCCCACUUCCUUCUCCCGCCUUUCCUUCAACCUGCCUUCCUUCACCCCCCAGUCCUUCAACGCGCCUUCCUUGAGCCCCCCUUCCUUGAAACCCCAAUUCUUUACCACCCCUUCCCCCUUGCUUUCUCCCCUCAUGCAUCUCACCUCAGGGCGUCUCACAUUAGCGAUUCGCCGACUUCGAGUUUGUCAACGCCCCUUCGCCUCCCUUCUUGCCCUCCCUCCUGUGCUCCCCGCUGCUGCCACUGUUGCCGCCAACGCCACUUGCGCCGCCAAUGCCUCUCGCUCAACGCCCCUACGUCACGUCAGCAGCCUCUGCCUGGUUGAGCAGGGGCGGGUUCUGGGUCAGGAACCAGAGCAGGAGAAGCAGGUGCGGUGCGGUGCGGAGCUGGUGGAAAGACAGGGGAAGGGGAGAGGAAGGGACAGAGCGUGGGUGAGAGCUGUGCGGCCACACCAUAAGGCCUGA